AUGGCGUUUAAUGUUGUCUUGAGAUCCGUUGUACUUUCUGUAUGGAUUGCUGUAUUCCUCUCAAUGACCGUUAUCUCACUGCAGGGCGCAUGGGGAGACCUUGAUUACAUGAGCUGCGACAAUGCAGCGGUGCCGUGCUACGACCAGCGCCUGUUCUCGAGAUGUGCGCUUGCCUCACCGAAUGAUACAUUUUGCCGCCCGUUUAUAGAUUCUAUGAUUUUCUUGAGAUCAGACUAUAUGAAGGUCACGCCAGUCAUCUACUACUUCGAUACGUUCUUCAAGGAGGUAAUGUUCCCGUUAUAG